ACAGAAAUCCACAGCAAGCAAUGCGUUGAUUUACCUUUGGUCACGUUUGCAAUACCUGGUAUAUCUUUGAAUAAUACGCAACUUAGGUGGGGGGAGUUAGAGAUAACUUUGUUUAAAAAGCUUAUUGUUUGUUUAAAGUUAUCGCGGUCUAGAUUAGCUCGGCGCUGACUGCCAAAAACAAACGCAGGAACGAACUUACAGAUUAGAAAUUUUACAGAAUAUUUUUUUUUCUACAGUUUAUCAAAAUCACAUCUCCCUACUAAGAGAAGAAGCAUCCAUCAUGUUCAGUACUUUACUAUCACGACCUAAAAAUUCAUCAUAUGAUCCAAACUAUCAUUUCCGAAUAGAUACAACCACCAAUGACAAUAAACAAGUUUUAGUGCUUCCUAGACAAACCGACCUCCAAGCAUUGGACUUUUCAAAACCAAUCGAUGACGAAGAGGUAACUUAUGAAUCAACCAUACCGUUGAAGAAACGAUAUCCUAACCUAACACAUUCCUUUCCACGACCUUCUUUAGAUGAUCUAGAAGUGAGAUCCGUCAUUGAAGAAACAAGAUCCAUAAUUGCAAAACUCAUUACACCUGACCAACCUGAAGAAAAUGUUCAACAUAUCCAAUACAGUAGUAAGAACAUAAUUGAUACCGAUGAACGUGUAAUUCAAAUUAGAAAGUUCCAAGUUGAUCCAAUGUUACCACCCCAAUUCAAAUUACGUAAGAAUAGACAUAAAACCCAAACCGAAGAUGUACCAAUUGUUAAACCUACAAAUCAAGAAAAACUUACCAAGGAAGAUCGUCAGAAAUGGAACAUUCCAGUUGCAGUCUCUAAUUGGAAAAACAACCAAGGAUUUACUAUAGAUUUAGAUAAGAGAGUCAUGGGUCCACGGGAAACGGCGCUGGUUAAUGUAGAGAAAUUUGGGGAACUUUCAAAUGCUUUAGUUGAUGCUGAGCAACAAGCUAGAGAAGAUAUCAAGAUUAGGAAUGAGUUAAGAAGAAAGCAAGAAGAGCAAGAAGCUAUAGAACGUGAACGUAGUUUACGAGAUUUAGCUCAGAGAUCCAAAAGAAGAAAAUAUGAUAGACGUUAGCAUGUACUCUUUGAAUAUACUCAAAAAUUUCCAUUCUUGUACUUUAAAUUCUCUACCAUAAUUCUAUAAAGGAAGAUACCUUAGACAGGCAAUCUUUGAUUGACAAUGUGUUUACUUUUCAAAACAUAUCUCUGAUUAUGUGCAAGACUAAAUAUGAUAAAUGUUGCAAAAAUUAAGGACUGGUCACUCCUUGUAUUGAAUAUCUGAUUUACUUCAGAAGGAGUUAUUACAAACUAUAGCGAUGCAUAUCAUUGUUUUGUAAUUAAUAUAAUAAGCAAUAGAUCAAUUGAUUAAUUGCUUGAUGUGUUGUUGCAACAGUAAUAAAUUAUAUCGCUUGUCGUUGGCAGAGCAUACAUAUUAUAUUUUCAAAAAAUAUUGUGCGUAUGAAUAUACUUCCAAACGCUCUCAUCAACAUUCAGCAGACUAGUCUAGCAACUUCAUAUCUACAAUAUCUAUUUAGAGUCGUUUGACCCAUUGAAAAUACAAGGAAAUUAUUGAACCAACUCUCUACAAUA